UUGCAAGUAUUUAAACAAACGGUUUUAUGCACUGGCUAAAGAUGAAAACCAUUGGAGGGAAUUAUGCAAGCUGUAUUGGCUAGAAACUUCUUUUUAGUUUGGCAAGGAGUGAGAAGAAGGCUACUGAACAUUUAGAGAUCAAUGAGCUAUCACUCAGCAUUGCCUUGAGUCAUAGUUAGCAGAAUUUAUGUAAUGCCAAUAUGUAGGAAAAGAAAACCCUUUCAGAGCCAUAUUAACAGCAGUUGUAGAUACAUGGCUACCAGAAGCUAUGUGCAAAAAAUAAAUAUGUCCUCUUGGCCGAACAUGGGAAGAACAUUUUGCAUAUUGGUACAGUGACAUGGGGCUGUAUAUUGAUUGUUAUGCUAAUUUGAAAAGAACUUGGGAAAAAAUUGUUACAUUUUUCAAAAUCAAUUGUCCUCAGAUAUAUCAAACCAUUAAAAGUGGAGUAUCAGAAGAGGAUUUAGAUGUUGUUGAAGAAGGAUUAGGACUAAAUCAAAAACUGCCCAUUGACAUGAGGUGUAGUUAUCGUAUCCACAAUGGCCAACGAUUAACCUCCCCUGGGAUUAUGGGUAGCAUGAGCAUUCCAGGUCAUUAUAAAAGUGAAUCCUUGCUAGAUCUUGAUACUAUACUUGUUGGAUUCAGAGAACGGGAAGGAUUAAAAGGCUGCAUUCCAUUAACUCUUUGUCUCCAUUCUGGUUUAACUCAGUAUUUAGCUGUUACGGACGAGGACGGGUAUGAACCUAAUACUAUAUUUUAUCCAGUUCAAAGUGAAUCUGCUCAUAAUCGAAGAUCCAUGGAUGCUUUUAUUUCAGGGACAUCAUUUCAAGACUGGCUUUCGACUCAUGCUGAUCAUUUAGCUAAUGAAGAUUAUGUUAUAAUACAAGAUCAGCCUUUUAGGUUUCUUCAUGAUCCUGCAGCAGAAGAAACAACAGGCUAUAUAACAGUCUCUGUUGCAACAUGUUUCCUACCAGAAGUUAGCAAAAUAAACCCACCAAAAUUUUUUCAUACUUAUCGAAUAACAUUGCUUCAUAUGCUUAUGACUGCUGUCUAUGCAGCUUCUUUAGGUUUUAGUAUGACUAUGUCACCUGAUGCUCCUCAGUCAGAGAGCUGCCAGUUAGAAACUAGGCAUUGGAUUAUAACUGAUGACAAUGGCAGUGAAGAACAAGUGGAUGGACCAGGUGUUGUAGGUGAAUACCCUGUCAUGUAUCCAGGUGCUUCAUUUUCCUGGGUUAGUAGCACCAGUUUCAGCACGACAUAUGGAAACAUGAAAGGUUGCUUUAGGAUGAGAAAUUUACAAACAAGUGAAAGAAGUGAAGUUCAGUGUCCUAUUUUCCAUAUGAAGUGUCAGCCAUAUAUAACUGGAGAAGAACGUGAAGCAGCAAAGAAAAGAAAAAGAGAACAAAUGAAGAACAGUGCUACAUGAAUAUAUAUAUAAUAUAUUUUUUUAAUGUGAAAAAGCUGAUGAUCAUUUGUAUAUUAAGAUAUUUUUUAACUUCUCAUGUACAAAUAUUUUAUUUAUGUAUUUUACAUAUGUAAUUAUGCAGAAACAUGCAAGAAUAUUACAUAUGUAAGAAUUCAUAUGUAUGGAUAUAAUUCACAUAAUUCAAUAUGUAUGGAAAAAAUAGUUAUUUUCUGUUGAGUAUCAGUUUUCAUUGAACUAAAGUAUAAGAAUUAGACUUAAACAUACUUUAAAUUAUUAUGCUCAUACUCUUGUAUACUUUUUUUAAAGAAUAUGAGUAUAAUAAGUGUUAUUAUUUCAAAAUUUGUGCAGCUAUUAAUUAUUCUGAUAUUACCUGUAUUAAAUUUCAUAGUCAGCAGAAGAAAUGAUACUAUGAGAUGAAAUUGAAUAGAAAUAUUAUUUGCUUAUUCAAAUGAAUUCAGAAAAUCAAUGUACUUUAGAAUACAUUUACUCUUAUUUCAGAUUUACCAUUCAUAGUGACAUUUUUAUAUAUAAACUUCUGGUUUAAUUAUACUACUUGUGAUACAUAUUUAUGAUGAGUAUAAAUGCAUCAGAUGAAAAGGUGACAUAGGAAUUUUAUAGAAUGUCAUUUGAAAACUCCAUUUUUAUUAUAUAAAAAUGUUUAAGUAAUUUUUCAGAGGACACCCCUCCCAAAUUUUUACAUUAGUAUGUUUACACCAUGAACAACAGAAAAAUAGACAUCAAAAUGUUUUUCCCAGAUUAAUAAGUAAAAUCCUUUUGAAGAUAAAUAUCAAAUAUGCACUUUGCCUUAUUUUAAAAUAACUUUUUGGCCAUGAAAUGAGGAAAAAAGUGGGAAAAGAAAACUUAAUAUAAACUUACAUUAUGUUGUUAGUACAUGUUCUUUCUUUUCCAGGCUUGUUUCAAGUGUCUCAUAAUAUAAACUUGUUAUGCCUGAUAUCAUUGAUACAACCAUAUUUACUUGUUAUGACUGAUCAAAAUUUAAGUAAUGAUUAUUUGGAGUACUGAGGCAACUAGAAUCAGUAUAAUGUUCCUAAAUUUGCAUUUCUGUUGCUGGGAAAAAAAAAAAAAAAAAAAAAAAAAAUCCUAUAUUUAAACCUUCUUCAAAACUACUCCUGCAAAUUAGCACCUGCAGUGCAUUUUAAACAGAUUUUUAAAAUGAGAACAAAAUUGGCAUUUUACUAAAAUGAUAAUUUUAAUUAUAAAAUAAUAUUGUUCAGAACUGUCCAGAAUUUUUUUUUUUUUUUUUUUUUUUUUUUUUUUACCUAAAUUAGCAUAACUAUCCAGAUGUUCUUGUAGUUAUUUCCUAAUUACAUGUUACCUAUAUUCUUAGCAUGCAUAUCAUUGAUAAGUACUCAUAAUGUAAAUAUAGUUGCCUAAAAUAGGUUUUAGGUUUUAAGCUGAAAGUAUCAGAUAAUACUAAUAUUAAGAAUGAUUUUUUUAACUACCAGUUGUGUCUUAAUUAUAAUAAAUGUUAUAUAAAAUGGUACUUAUAAAUUCCAUCCAUUAAAAAGUUCAAACCCAUUGGUAAUAGAAAAUCAAUGGAAUGAUCAUACUGUUAUUUUCUUUGGCAAUAAUUUGAUAUAUAAUUGUUUUAUGUUAUUUUUGAAGUCAUCUGUUAAAUGUGGUAAAUUUCUGUGGUAUAUAACCACGGAAAUCUCCCUUGCCGUAUAAUUCAUUUCAGAAUAAGCUUAUUUGCAUAAAAAUCAAUUCAUCAUUUUUAAUUAAAUCCUUUUCUGAUUAUGAGGUAAAAUUUGAUGUAAAAUUGACUAUAGUUUUACAGAAAUAAAACUUUCUGCUGAUGAGAAACACUGACUCAGAGGCCUCCUUCUCCAAGGGGCAAAUAUUUUCUGAAUUACCUGUUAAUCUUACUCAGUAUGCAUAGAACUGUUCUGUAAAAUCAAUAUCAAUAUAAGUUUUAGUUUUUCCUAAUCCUUAAUUUCAAUUUGAUGUGCUUCUCUUCAAAUGCCAUUAAUCACCAUUAAUUUGUAUUCUUUUAAGUAGCAUUCACAUAUAAGAUUCUUGUAAACUUCAUUCAUUUAUAGUGCUAUCAAUAAUUCAUGCAAAUAAUUUUCUAUUAUGUUUUUCCCUUUUUAAUGAAAUAAGAAAGGGCAAUAUAGAGACAACUACAGAUAUAGUUUGUAAUAUUCAUAGUGUAACAUAAAAUGCAAAAUAAAAUUCAUUUUUAAAAUGCU